AUGGAAAAGCUAACCGAAGAGUUACAGAGACAAUCUCUAAUAAUUGAAAAUUCAAGCCUAAGAAUUAGUCAAUUACAAAGUUCCUCGGUAAGUGCGGGACAGGAAAGGGAAUUGGCCUUGCUUAGACACCGGAUUGCAGAGCUCGAAACCGAUUUUAUGCUUGAGCGUAAAGAACAAGAAGCUUGUAGAGACAAAAUCCAAGAUCUGUAUCAGGAAAAUGAUGAACUAAAACGGCGAAUUGAAAAAAUUGAAAAGAAUUUCGUGCUUGGGCAAAAGGAACAGGAGUUUAACAAAGAAGAAAUGAAAAAAAUGUACCACGAAAACAGUGAGCUAAAUUCACAAAUGGCAAACUUAUAUAACAAAUUCUUGUUCGCCAGCCAAAGGGUUGAGGCUCUUGAUCAAGAAAAUAUGAAUUUGAAAAGUCGAUUUGAAGAUGAAAUUUUUCGGCUUAAGGCCGAAAUAAAAAAACUAUCUGAAGUUUCCCAAAGCAAGAUAAAGGGUUUGGCAAAGUGGGAUUAUAGUGGGACGGAUCACGGUGACCUUUCGUUCAAAAAAGGGGAUAUAAUAAGCGACAUUGUUCUGGUAAAUAACGGUUGGUGGAAGGGAAAAACGCAAAAUGGAGAGUCGGGAAUAUUUCCAGGUGAGUUUUACUUUAUUGGGUAA